AACAGCACCCACCAUCACAACUGAAAAAACCAUUUAAGGAUGGGAUAGACCAUCACCCUCUUUGACACACACACCUAACAAAGCCAAACAUUCAUUCCCGGACAACUGCACCGCCGGCGCCACGUCAUCGCCGCCGACAUGGGUGCCGCAGAACCGGUAGUGGAGGAGAGAGAAAGUGAAGAGCUUGAAGCGAGGGAGAGAGAUGAGAGGGAGGAGGAGGAAGAGGAGGAGGAGAGGAGAGAGCUGGAAGUGAGAGAUGUGGAGAAAGUUGAGGUGUUGGGUUUUGAACAACAGAGCAAUAUUAAUCAUGAUCGGAGUAGUCAGGGAGAUGUUCAUGUGUCAAUGUUGCAGAGGCUUAAUCCUACAAACCCUUUGAGAAUCGCUAUCAAUACUAAAACCAGAAGCGCUGCUCCUCCUCCUCCUCCUCAUCGGUUCCAACAGGCCCAGAAUGUCAGAGUUGGUACUACUCCAUCUCCAUCUCUAUCUGAUUUCUCUCAGUCUCACACAACUCCUCCUCCUCCUCCUCCUCAGCAUUCUCAGCCUCGCUCUACUCCAACCCCUCAACCAGCGAUUACAACGCUGAACUCAAGAGCCUACACCAACAAGAUAUCUUUGUUCCUUUUCGUUGUGCACAUGGUCGGCGCUGUUGGGCUAGUUGGUUUUCUGACAUUCAAGGGAGUUCAGGGUCUGAUACAAGGUUCAGGCAGUAUUUCGAGAAAGGAGAAAAGGGUGCUAAAGUAUUUUCUACCACAAGUGGAAGCUGCAUCUCUUAUGAGCAUUACUCUUGCAUUUGCAUGGCAAAAGGCAUUUAGGAAAUGGCCUACAUUUAUGGUUCAUUUCAUACUAUGGAACACUUUUGUCAUGAGUUUAUCUGCUGGAAUCCUACUAAUUUGUUUCCAAAAGCCCACCACUACUGGCGUGGGAGUCUGUUUCAUUGGCUUUGCCAUAGGGAAUAGCUUGUACGCUUGUUGGAUCACGCCGCGGAUAGGAUUUUGUAUCAGGAUAUUGAUCAAGUCGCUCGACCCUGUAUCAAAGUUCCGUGAUUUGAAUCAACCCACUUACUGGAUGCUUGGGUUCGGAUUUUUGUGGAUGUCUCUAUGGAUUUUAGGAGUCAUUGGAGCCUUGAAUUUCUACUUUCCUCCACUAGUCAUAAUUUCAUUGGUAUUGAGCCUGAUGUGGACAGCCGAAGUAAUGAGGAAUGUAGUUAAUAUAACUGUGAGUAGGGUGAUUGCUCUAUAUUAUCUCAGAGGAAUGCAGUCCAAUACUCAGUUUUGUUUCCAGAGAGCCUUGAGUAAAAAUCUUGGAAGUGCUUGUUUUGGAUCUCUGUUUGUGCCAGCAAUUGAAGCGCUGAGAAUUGUUGCUCGAGCUUUAAAUCUACUUGAGGGAGAGGAUGAGUUCAUGUUUUCUUGUGCGCAUUGCUGUCUCCAUGUCAUGCAGUGCAUCUUCCGAUAUGGCAAUGGCUGGGCCUUUGUUCAGAUAGCAGCAUAUGGAAAAGAUUUUGUGAGGGCAUCACAAGAGACUUGGGAGCUCUUUGAAAGGCAAGAAAUUCAUCUCCUUGUUGAUUCUGACAUCACCAGCUCAAUAUGCUUCCUAACCGGCAUCUGCAGUGGCUCUAUGUGUGUCAUAGUUGUGGCUGCUUGGACCGCCACAGUACACCAAAGUUUCACGGCCACCAUUUCCCUGCUUGCAUUCUUCAUUGGAUACCUUAUGACCAGGAUCGCAAUGGCACUACCACAUGCCUGUGUAGGAUGUUACUACGCAUGCUAUGCAGAGAAUCCAGACAACAGAUUAUUUGAUGACACAAUAAAGGAUCGUCUUGCUCUGUUGAAAUCUCGACCAGAUGUACUCGUCCCCACACCUCGAGUCCCUCGCCGGUUCGCAGCAAGGUAAUUGACAAUGACUAUGGCAUUAACACCAUGCUUCCCACACUCUUCUGGAGGAGUGCAGAAUGUGUUCGGGGAGUUGCAAAAGAGAGUCCCCACCCUCCUCCAUCAGGGGUCAUGCUUUGAUGGAACAAUUUUUACAUGCGAAAAUUAUAUAUAAACCUUCCUCUCGCAACGUUUAAGCGAGACUCAUCACAUAUUAGUGAGACUCGCUCACGAAAAGUAAGAGAGAAGUUAUAUAUAACCGAGGCAUACAAUCAUUAUCUUUGGUUACUAUCUAUGGGACAUGAGGAGGGACCAAAUGAGCUCCAUUGAAAAUUUUGUAAACUACGAGAGGGAUGGUGAUUGGUGGCUGGUGACAAUGGAAUUUGAAGGGGAGAGUUGAAGCAUUAUUGAAUCUGCUAUUGGGAGGAACGUGGAGAGCCCACUGAGAUUCCAAUGAACAAGGCCAACAGCAAGCGUCUUUUUAACCUGUCCCUCGUUUUGGCAUAUCCCAUCUGCUAGUACGACCUACAAUUAUUCUAUUCUUCUGUAAUUAUUCAUUAUUUGAUUCAAUGUAAUCUAAUCUUGUGGAUGUAUAUCUCUUCGACUUUGCGAUUAGAAAAACUUUCUUCUAGUCU